CGGGAGGCGGGGGUGGCGGGGGAAGGGCGCAGGGCGGGGUGCGUGUUUGCGCGAGUGACUCGGCCGACCCCUCCGGCGGCUGCCUCCACCCAAGUGGGUGGGGACCCGCCCAGCCCGGGCGGCCGCGGCGGCUCCCUCUCCCCUCCCUGACCCUCCCACCCCGGGUCCCAGCCUCUACUUACCCCGCCAGCCCCGGGAGGCUCGCAGAGCGAGCGGCGCCGGCGUCAUGUGACUGCCCGGAGUUGGUGCCAGGAGCCAGAGGGGAGCCAGGAGCGGAGCCGCGCGGAGCCGGGGCCCGAGCCGGAGCGCAGCGAGAGCGCCCGCCGCACGCGCGCCCGUCCCCGUCCCCUGCGGCCGCCGCCGCCAACGCCGCCCUGACUGGAGCCCUGACAUUACUGCGCUCGAGGGGCUCCAGGCAGCCCGGAUCCGGGCCUUUAUUUCUCGUCGGCGGCGCCCCGCACCGCGCCUCGCAAAGGAGAGGGCAGGCUUCGCUCAUAGUUUUGUAUCCAGAGGUUCAGUGGCUUUCUGGGAGGAACUUCAAUGGAGAAUCCUCAGGAGUGGAGGGAAUGAUCACCACCCCACGGUUCCUUCUGGUUAUUUUUAAGGUUCCAACCAUCCUUGUUCAGGCCGGAAUUUCCAGGAACUGGCUGCUGCCCAGCGCCAACUGGUCCCUCCCAGCCUCCUACUCCCUGCAGGGUGGGGCCCCAUGGGUGGAGGCUCCUGAGGGUGGAGUUGGGUGGGUCUCCAGUGAUAGGGAGGGCACUGAGCAGAGGCAGAUGAGAGGCAGCGUGGCCUCACGCAGCCCUUCUGGAUUUGAUUAUAUAACGCUUCACAGAAGAGAAUUGUGAGGGCUUAGGCGAGGCCUUAUGAGAUAUGUACACAGCAGGAUUAGACAUUAUGGGUAUUUUUCAAUUUAGCUUGGGUUGCUUGCCCUUAAAACUAAAACACAAAAUUGUCAGAGAGCAUAAACAAGUGUGUAACCCUAGUAGGGAAAAUGAUUUGAGUUUGCUGUAAUUUCUCUGAGAAGGGUGUGGAAUGCCACUAGCCAGAUGGCCUUGAACUUGCCAGGGUAGCAUGGGUGUGGGCGUCCCCGCCCCCAGCCCUGCUUUGCUGGGCCUCCCGUUUGGAAAGGCGUCAGGCUUUUGCUUGGUUGUUACCUUUGCACCUGUCCUUAUUGACAUGCAAAAUCAAUUGCUUCACUUGGUCUUUCCGAAGUACAGGGUGUGGGCAGAAUCUUAUCUGAAGCCAUGUCCUGUUUGGACAAGUUGGACUUGCCUUGGCAGCCCUCCAUAGGGUGGAGCAGAUGGGUGGAGCAGGAAAGUAAAAUUGGGUGGCUUGUUAGCUGAGAGAGGAGAGAGGGCGGGCUGUUUGCUCACUGGAUCAUUAUAUUUCAUCUGAAACAAAAUAAUUAACUUCUUUCCCAUUUACAAUGCACAUUAAUGCAAAAUAACUAAUUCACAAGGGUCAAAGAUUUAGAAACAUCCCAUGGAAGUUUUCUACUUCUCAAACCAGCGAUAGAAGAGUAAGGCAGGUGAAAAUCUCGGAGUGGCAUGAAAAUUUCCAAGAAUUUCCAGGCCAUACACCAGAGCACCCUAGAAGGUUUAACUAAAAUAAUGCUCAUGUUUGACCCAGUUCCUGUCAAGCAAGAGGCCAUGGACCCUGUCUCAGUGUCAUACCCAUCUAAUUACAUGGAAUCCAUGAAGCCCAACAAGUACGGGGUCAUCUACUCCACACCUUUGCCUGAUAAGUUCUUUCAGACCCCAGAAGGCCUGUCACAUGGAAUACAGAUGGAGCCAGUGGACCUCACAGUGAACAAGCGAAGUUCACCCCCUUCGUCGGCUGGGAAUUCGCCCUCCUCUCUGAAGUUCCCGUCCUCACACCGGAGAGCCUCGCCUGGGUUGAGCAUGCCUUCUUCUAGCCCCCCGAUAAAAAAAUACUCACCCCCUUCUCCAGGCGUGCAGCCCUUUGGUGUGCCACUGUCCAUGCCGCCGGUGAUGGCAGCUGCCCUCUCGCGCCACGGAAUACGGAGCCCAGGGAUCCUGCCUGUCAUCCAGCCAGUGGUGGUGCAGCCCGUCCCCUUUAUGUACACGAGUCACCUCCAGCAGCCUCUCAUGGUCUCCUUGUCAGAAGAGAUGGAAAAUUCUAGCAGUAGCAUGCAAGUACCUGUAAUUGAAUCAUAUGAGAAGCCUAUAUCACAGAAAAAAAUUAAAAUAGAACCUGGGAUCGAACCACAGAGGACAGAUUAUUAUCCUGAAGAAAUGUCACCCCCCUUAAUGAACUCAGUGUCCCCCCCGCAAGCAUUGUUGCAAGAAAAUCACCCUUCGGUCAUUGUGCAGCCUGGGAAGAGACCUUUACCUGUGGAAUCCCCAGAUACUCAAAGGAAGCGGAGGAUACACAGAUGUGAUUAUGAUGGAUGCAACAAAGUGUACACUAAAAGCUCCCACUUGAAAGCACACAGAAGAACACACACAGGAGAAAAACCAUACAAAUGUACAUGGGAAGGAUGCACAUGGAAGUUUGCUCGGUCUGAUGAACUAACAAGACAUUUCCGAAAACACACUGGAAUCAAACCUUUCCAGUGCCCGGACUGUGACCGCAGCUUCUCCCGUUCUGACCAUCUUGCCCUUCAUAGGAAACGCCACAUGCUAGUCUGAAUGCCCCUGUCCUGCCUCAGUGUGACUCCCCACUCACCUGGCUCUCUCUCUCCUGCCUCCCAUUAUCUAACACAUUUUUUACAUGUACAUUUUAAUUUGAUUCAGCUGGUCUGAAUCUCUGGAUUUAUAUCAUCCAAAACUUCCAUAUGGUCAGUAGUAGAUGUUCUCUAAUCCUCCCUCUCCUUACCACGGGUCAGACCUAAAGAAUGUGAACACUUUUUUUUUUUUUUUUUCUGGGGAUGCUAAGCAAACCCUUCUUAUAGAUACGUUUAAUGUAAUAAGAACAAGGGAACAUGUAAACUAACAUAACCAAUUGUCAGUUCUCCAUGUAUUCCUCAAAAGAAUGUCAGAGUAAAUGUAUUAGAAAUACAGUAUCCAGACUGCUAGUCCUUGCCAGAGACAUUCUUACCUCUUCCCUGUGCUAAUAUUUUAUGCUUGACAGUGAAAAGAAGGGUGGCCCCUUGCACCGGUUAGCUAGAAGAAGUACAGCAAUAUUUCAGGCUAGCGCAGUCGCCUCUUCCGUCAUCCUUCACAAAUCUUGUCAACCUGCAUCUUAGACUUCAGCUGAAUCGAGUUCUUUGCCCUCUUUUGUGACUGCGGCUCAUAUGGAGAUCUUUGCCACCAAUGGGAGAUGAGCCCAGGCUUUUGAUGUGGGCGGAUGAUGUGUAGAGUUCAAGGGAAGGGUGCUGUGCUUUCAUAGCAUGGAGUCGGAGGAGAGGGCCACUGAGCAGGGGGAGCAGAAGAGGCAAUUCCUCCUGGGCUGGGGGUUGUCAGUGUGUUUUCAACAUUUGGUUAGCUGUGCGCAGCAUUCCCAGAGCUUCAGGCUCUGCAUACUCAGCUUUGCAGAACCCUGCUGCAAAGCCAUACACCAAUGGGGUUAUCCAUGCAACUGUCUCCAUUCCUACAAUGCCCUUAACAUGAGAUCAUCAAACAUCGAUAGUAGGGACUCCGUGGAAUAUUUGCCCAGUAAUGGUAAGACAUCUUUUGGGUAAGAGUAUGGAUGGUUCUUCUUUUACCCAAUCUACUUAGAGCCUUUUUAUGUAAACAGGGAAAUGUUGAGUGGUACUUGUAUUCCCUUAUCAAAUUAAUCACAUAGCUUUUAUACAGAAACUCUUCUGUGUGAGCUGUAAGGUGCCAAAUUGACUGUCAUUUGUAUUCAUGACGCAUACCAUAAAGCAUCUGCUAAUGCUUUAAUAUUGAUUUAAUUAAGACCUGAGUGACACUAUUUGUAAAUAUAACUAGUUGUGAAGCACACAUACCUUUAUUUUGGGAAUUUAUGAAAAAAUAUAGAAAACCACAGAUCAGGGAUUCAUAUAUGUAGCUCAAAAAUUCCCAGAAGUUUACUGUUAGAGCUGGCGAUUUUCUAUCACUAUUUCAGUGUCGGAAGAAACUGAAAAUAAUGGCUCGUGUUUAUGUUGAAGAUAAAUAGCACCAUGUAUUGGGGGAAGUUAUUCAAAAGCAGGCUUUUGAACAUAUAGUCUAAAAUAAAAAUAAUUCAUACAUAGAAAUGUCAUUGGUCAUGAAUUUGAAGAAAGUGAGCAACAGUCAUUAAAUGUGGGUGCAUAUAACCAAAUUCCCCUUCAUCAAGAAUGGAGGAGAAGAGAGAAGAAUGAAAUCCUGAAGAUUCAUCCCAGCCACAACUCAGGAUCCAACACAACUUUAACUGGGAGGAAUACAUUGUUUCGCCAUUUUUAAAACAUCUGUGAAUGAGUGAUUCCAGAGGCCUGUGAAUUGUGUGGGGAGCUUACUUUGAUGGCACUAUGUUAAUAAAAGUUGUAGGGACUGUGCAGAGGUCCCACUCAUCUGCCCUGUGAACCAGCUAUAAAGACACGUAGUUGAGAAAUGCAAAGAAAUGUGUUAUCUUGGCACUUGGGUUUGAUUUUCUUUUUUUUAAAGCACUGCAAAUUGGGGUCUUUUUUUAAGCUAAAGUUUUUCUCUUUUGCAACUAUGACAUGAAUUGAGUGAUAAAAUGGCUCUUUGAAAAGUAGAUGUUGUCUGUAUUGUAAAUGCUUGGUCAUAAUUCAUGGCAGAGUGUUCAUUUCUUGAGAUAGUUCUUCCACAACACGCAAGAAUCAAGAUGGAAUGCAAGGAAAACCUUGUUUUGAUGGAGGUAACCAGUUUAUGUGUGUUCCAGUCCAUAGAGAAGCGGGGAAAGGGCGAGAAAGGAUAAAACUGAUCUAAGAUUGGCUCUGGGCCCGAGUUCAGUGAAUAGCCUCGUGGGCAUCUCAUGGAAUUGAUGCGUUUGCUGUGGCAUAUUUAAAUUUUGUUCAAAAGAUUUUAAGCAAGACUUGGCAAAGACUCCUGUGUUACUGUCCAGCUUACUUAGAUUGUGUUAACAGUUCAUUUAACAAAGAUCCAUUUUAACUGUGGAGCAAAAGCAACCCAGAGCAGCCAUUCUCUAUUCCCAUGCUGGUCAAUAUGCUUUCAUUACCAAUUGGCCCUUACCAAACUUUUCUUAUAUAUAUAUAUAUUUGUAUUUUACUAUGAUAGUUGAGAAAUUUAGCCUUUUAGUCAUUUUUAGCUGUUAUUGUGGAAGACCUCAAAUACAAGAUUAGAUGCCCUUGAACAUGUUUUAAUGAUGUGUCAUGUUAGUAUCAAUGGUGAUUUCAAUCGCAGUAUUUUAAAUUUAUGAAAAUGAUUUGUAAACAUGAAGUUGGUAUUAUGUAAAUUCUGUUUGUUAGAGAGUUUCUUCAGUUGUUACCCAAGUGUCAUCCUAGAGAAGUCAGAAGAAUCAGAAUCCAUCAUAUUUUAGAGUUUUGUGAAUCUACAUCAAUGGGCAUUAACAUUCUAAAUUGCUUGGUUUGGAGAAUGUGUUAGCAGCAUAGCUACAUUCAAGUAAGGAGAUGCUAAAUACACAGAAGUUUCAAGAGCCUUGGAACAGAAUUACAGGGGAACUGUAUAUGUAUAUGUAUAUCCUAUUAAACACCCAUCUGCACUAUCAGUAUUGCACUAAUAUGGAUUUUUGAAAGACUAUUUUGCUGAUACUGUAUAUCUGCUCAUCAUUCCUGAUUAGAUUGUUUUAAAGACAAUCUGAAAGAUCCAAGGUUUUAAAAUAAUUUGGCUUGAAAAUAUACAGUUGUCUUGAAGGAAUUGCUGUCAUACAUGAAGUUGCUCCGAGCUGUCUUUAUUCUCUUCUUGGUCAAGGUUAACAAUUGCUAAAUGAUCGCAAAUUCACCUGAACAAUAAAUACAUUUACAAAGCCAUCUUUACAUGCAUUAAACGAGGGCUACAACGAUAUUGUUUUACAAAUACUAGCACUUUUUUUCUGUUAUGUACUUAGUGUUAGAGGGUCAAAAUAAUCUUUCUGCUUAGCAUCUCUUAAACCAUACCUGCAAAUAUAGCAGGAUUAUUACAUUUACAGUACUUUAAUACUUGUAUAAACUAUGCAGAAAUUUUUAAUAAAGUGUAAUAUAUUUUAUAAGCUAAUAAGACUGAAUGGGUAAAGGUUUUUAGCAUGCAUUAGUAUACUUGCAGAUACUGAAACAUUUUGGUAAUCUUUCUUACUAAAGAUGUGAAUGUUUAAUGUACCUUCUCCGUUUCUACUCUGUAGUCCAAUGGGAAUUCAGUAAUGACAUUUUGUCAUGUCAAACUGUGAACAUAAAUUUGUACUGUACAGUCCUCAUAUACUAUAAACAGUAUGCAAUAUAUAUUAUAUACUUGUUAAUAAAACCAUCAGAAUAUUAAA